AUGAAAGAUGAUAAUUUGUGUAUGUUUUGUUUAAAGAUAUCCAUAUACCAUGAGAUCCAAUUUUGCAAGAAGGCAUUUUUUAUUCCUCUAGAAGAAAAACUAUUAGUUAUUAAAAGGAAAGGUUUAUGUCACGUUUGUGUAGUGAAAGAUCAUUUAGCUGAAGAAUGUUUGUCUAAUAUUAAAUGUCCAAUCUGCUUUAAGAGACACUUGAAAUUUAUGUGUCCUAAUUUAGAACAUAAUCGAUCGAGUGAAAUAUCAAGACCUGAUUCUAAUGAUGAAGAAAAAAUUACAGAUACUUUGCAUUCACGUGUGGGGACAUCAAAUGAAGUGUUUUUGAAAAAUCUUGUGGUUAUGAUUAAAGGGAAAAGGGCUCAACGUAAAGCUAGAAUUAUUUUAGAUACAGGCUCUCAGAAGUUGUGCACUAAAAAAUCAUCUGCAGAAGUAUUGGGUUUUGAUUUUCAGAGAGAAGAGGAGUUUUCACAUUCAUUAUUUGGAGGUAAGAAAACCGAAACACAACGGCAUAGGUGUUAUAAAAUUUAUCUAGAUAGUCUCGACGGUAGAUAUAGUUGCAGUUUAGAUUCUCUGGAUCAGGAUAUAAUUUGUCAAGGUAUAGCCAGCAUUAGGUAUGGACCCUGGAUGAGUGAAUUGAACCGAAAGAAAAUAUUUGUAACUGACUUUCAAAAUAUUUUAGAACCUAUUGAUGUACUUUUAGGAGCUGACGUUAUAGGUAAACUAUUUACUGGCGAAAAGGAACAAUUGAAAUCGGGAUUAGUCGCCAUGAAGACUAAACUGGGUUGGACAUUAAUGGGAAAGGUCCCGCAGUUACAACAUCAAAGGGUGAAUAUGGCUACCGUUAGUAUGUUAUCUCAAGACUUACCCGUUCCUUUUUUGUGGGACUUGGAGCUGCUAGGCAUUAAAGAUCCCGUUGAACAAAAAACUAAAGAAGACCAACAAAAGGCCGUGAUGGUUCAUUUUCAAGAUAUUGUUGGAAAAGAUUCAGAAGGUAGAUACGAAGUGAGUUGCCGGAGAAAGGAUCACUCAUGUUUGCCAAAUAUAUACGAAUUGUCUCUCAAGAUAUUAGAAUCUACUUAUAAGAAACUGGAGAAAAUGGGAUACAGAGAAAAAUAUCUGCAAGUUUUUGAAGAUAGAGGAAGGAGUGAUUAA